AGUGAAGGUAUUCACAAAAAUAUUCUUUUUUAAUUUAUUUUUGUUAAUUUAACAUAUGGUUAACACAAGUUCUUUGCAGAGGCAUUUUGAGACUAACUCUGCGAACCGUGCAAAACAAAAACAGAGAAGCGUGCAGGGUUCACAGUCUACGCCAGCCUUUCGUUAUAAGAAGGUACUUUCUUUUUUACAUAAUUUUUAUUUAUGUUUUUUUAUAAUGAUUUUUUUUCUUAAUUUUUUUCAAACUUCUUGUAUUGUAGCGUGAUUUACAAACUGGGUGUCUUGCUGGGGUUCCAGAGAUUUGGAUGGCGACUAAGUACAUAGACGGGGAAGGUUGGGUGAGCAAGGCAGCAAAGGAUAACUAUGAAAAGAUGAUGGAGAUACGUGACACUCUGCAGUCACAAUCAUCUACGAGCGCCUCUGCUUCGAGUACUAUCCCGAGAGAAGAGGAUGACAUUAUUCUUGUUGAGACAAUCUUUGGACGUCGUCGAGGCUAUCAGCCAGGCCUUGGUCGUAAGAUUCGUACGAGGGCAAAUUGUGAAGCGGCUGAUGUACCUCAACCAGCCCAACCACCUCCUACCGCACAAGACAUGCAAGAGGUGAGGGAGCAACUCCGAGCCAUAGAGGAGCACUUGGCUAAGAUUGGUGGAGUCUUGGGAUCUGGAUCUUCUCAGCAAGGGUUUUAUAAGUUUUCUGGUUGUGGAUUUGUGGCUACUGUGUUGUUUCGACUCGUUGGUGGUGUUAUUGGUUCUGAGAAGAAAUUUUCUGAAAUAGUAGAGGAUGAUUCGAAGACUGUAGGGGAUGAUAUUGGAGAGAUUCUUCCUCGAAGGAGUAACAUUACUCGUUUGAAGUCUGUUGAAAGGAAGAGGAGUAAAUCCCCUUCCACUAUUAAAUAG